GCCAAAAAGGGCCUCCCCGUGGUCAUUAGGGUUUAUUUUUUUUUGUGGUUGUAAAAUCUAGGUAAUUUACAGGGGACAAAUUGAAUGUUUAGGGGGAAAAAUCGGAGGUAGAGAGGAGGCAGAGAAUGGAUGUGUUAGGAUAAAAACAAGGUUAUCUGUAGUGGGCAGGGAGGAAAGGUUUUGGGCAUAAAGCUGGAGGGGAGAGAAAGAACAUUUUGAGGUGAAAUUGAGGUAAUCAGGAGUGGGCGGGAAGAGGAAAUUUUGUGGGUAAAAUCUGAGUUAAUCUGUAGGGGAGGGAAGUGACAUAUUGAGGUAAAACCAAAGCUGUCUGUCAGUAGUGGAUGGGAAGGGAAAAUUGUGGGGCUAAAACUUGAGGUGAUCUCUAGUGGAGAGAAUGGACAUAGUGAGGUAAAAAUGAGGUAAUUACUAAUGACGGGAAAAUCCGAGGGGAAAACCUGAGGUCAUCUGUAAGGAAAAAUAAGUAUUUUGUAGGAAAAAUCAGAUUGAAUCUUUAGGGCCAGAAUGAGCAAUUUGGGGAUAAGGUAAAGGUAGCCAUUGGAUUUUCAUGCUAGGUCAUCUAGGUAAUUAUCGGGGACAAAAUUCAUAUUUUGGAGGUGAUCUAUAGGGAAGAGAAGGAAGAUUUUUGAGGUAAACUGAGGUAAUCAGUAGUGGGCAGGUAGGGAGAUUUUUGAAGGGUUAAAGCUUGGAAUAAUCUGUGGGGGACAGGUGCCGGUCAGGAGCCUCCUGGCAAACGGCCGCUCCAAAGGCGCUGUGUCUGUGAGGAGUGGUGUGGAAAUGCCCGUCUGGACUGCACCUGCACCCAGGAGAGAGCCAAAAAGGAAAGGCUGAAUGAGGGAGACAGCAGGGUGUAUCUGCAAGGGGUGAAUCAGAAAGACAUUUGGUCCUGCUCCCAAGGGAUAUCUUUAUGCCUGCUCCUGUGUUGGCAGACCUGAGGCUGCUGUUUGCAUCUCUAGCAGCAGAUAGAUCAGUUCUGGUGCCUGCUCACGCCCUCAUUGUGGAAGCACCUGAGAAGCAAAUCCGAGUGGCAAGAGGAAGAAACGCUACCCUGCGCUGUAAUUUUAAAACAAACUCAGCUGCUGACAGAGGAGACCUGGUUGUCUGGAAGAAAAUCAAUAGCAAGGUUGACGCGGUGUCGCGGUACUUCGACGGGCUGGUGCAGUAUGGGGAGGGCUACGACCACCGCAUCCAGUUCAUCGGCGACGUUGACAGCGGGGACAUCAGCAUCACCAUCGGCGCCGUCACCAUGGAGGACAACGGCACCUACGUCUGCAGCGUCCGCCUCCGCGACGACCCCCCGCGCACCUCCGCGCUCCAGGACCUCUUCGUCCUCGUUGCACCAUCGAAGCCUGAAUGCAAGAUUCUGGGGACACCAGAAUAUGGACAAACAAUCAACCUGACCUGUGCGUCUCACGAGGGCUCCCCAACACCCAGAUACACCUGGAAAAGCUUCAAUAUGCAAAAUGAACCCCGUUUGCUACCAUACACAGAAGGGCAACAAAUAACUCUGAAGAACAUCUCAGCAGACACCUCUGGCUUUUACAUCUGCACUGCAACAAAUAUUGUGGGAACGGAGUUUUGCAACAUGACAGUCAGCGUCGUGCCACCAUCCAUGAACAUAGCUCUGUAUGCUGGCAUCAUUGUGGGAGUUGUUGCUGCCAUUGUGGUGAUUGGGAUCAUUGCCUAUUGCUGCUGCUGCCGGCAAAACAAGGACACCGACUAUGAGAUGACGGUGCAAGAAGACAGAAAUGAACCCUCCAGGCAGAUGCCAGCAAGGCAUGAGAGCAUAGGGGAGGAUGUGGAGAAUGCAUGAAUGAAGAAACCACUGUGAUCUCCAGGAUCUGCUGAAGCACAGACAUAACUGUAGAAAAGAAAUCAAUCCCUCUUUCUUACUGCAAGAAGUUGAAUUAUAAAAUGAAAACCAAAGGCUCUGCCUUCAAGUUCUGGGAGAGAACAUUCUUGCUUCCCUGGAAAUAAGUGCUUGAUGUACAGUGAGCACCAACACACACUCUCAUAACAGAAAAAUGCAUGUGGAGCACUGCUGCACCCAGUCAUCCAAAAAUAAGCAGUCUUCCAGACUUCCAACUUUCUGAAAAAAGAAACCAGUCAGGUCUAUUUGGAGAACAGAGCUGCUGAUGUAUCCCCAGAUCCACAAAAGGUUUGAAAGUCACCAACUGCAUUUCAUCAAGGAAGGGUGGUCUUGUUUACUGAGUCAUGCAAAUGUCACAGCUCUCACCACUGUCCAACACAGAAACUGUUUUUAUGGAGGUUGAAGCAAGAUGAUUUUUGAAGACAUUUUAUUAAAUGUGGGUUUUGUAUGUACUGUACAUGCACAUAAAAAUAAAUAUAUGGAAGAAAAAAACAUCGAUGACCAGUGAGUCUCCUAUUUGGGACAAGAGUACAUAAUAAUGUCACAGAUAAGGUAAGAACUUAGAUGGGCAGCUGAUAAGAACUAGAAACAUACUAGUAGCCUAUCUACUGUCAGACUCCUGAAUUUCUGAGUUCUAGCUCCCAGAGCUCCUAAUUUUCAUUACAUUACUUUUUCCUGCUGACUGUUGCAUGGGCAAGUCAGAAAUAGUCCAUUGCUCCUGCUGCUUCUGAAAAAAUGACAACAUGAGAGCAUGUACAUGGCAAGUACAUCCUUAAUUUAAAAAAGGUAGGGGGGAUGGAAGGAAAAAGGAAAAAUAGCUUUGUUCAAAACUGUAACUAUCAGAAGAACUGCAUUUUA